AUGGAAGAGCAGCUGCGAAUGCGGGGCUGUGAGUUGAUCCAGGCCGCGGGUAUUCUGCUGAAACUCCCGCAGGUUGGUAGCUAACAAGAUAGUUAGCUAACUUGCUAACUAUUGUCCGAAGUUUGAAAUGGCAUUUUAAGCCAGAGAAAUGAAAUUGUACAAGUCAAACACUAGACUUUGCCUAGAAUAUACAGCUUUAAAGUUUAAAGCUUACGUUGUUUACCAAUGAAGUAGGCAAUGGAUUUAAAUCGGAACUAGCUAACCAAUGAGGGUUUCUGCAUUGCAGAUGCAAUUUAUUGGCCAUUGAUAGACUUUGUGGCCACCUGUCGGCCAUAUUGGCACUCCCUAGUAGGAGCAGUCCUGCAUAGAAAUACAUUGAAUUCUACACUAUUUCAGUUAAAUGUUUCAAGGACCAAAUUACAUGUAUUUAAGUAUUUUUUGUUGUUGUAGAGGGGACAGUAACAUUAGUACUCUUAAAAAAUACUUUAAGGAAAAUGUUUGUAUAUAUUUUAAUUUUUAAUUUUUAUGUUUAGCUCCUAUAAUAUAAUUUAAAAAUAAGGUGUCUGUAAUAGAGUAAACCUGUCAAAAACGAAUGUAGACAUUAAUAAAUGCAUUUCUAUAGUUUCCUCAAAAAUUAUUUUACAAUUGAGGAGGAGUACCAAGAUGGCUGCGGAGUGGCUUCAAUACAGCCCCCCCUGUCAGUCAUCCAGGGUUUAUACACAUCAUUGUAGCUAACUCAUUGAUUAACUUUCCCUUUCCCUCCAUGUAGCCAUGGCCAUGGGGCAGAUCCUUUUCCAGAGGUUCUACUACUGCAAGUCGUUUGUCAGACACUGUGCAGAGGUAGGAUCCUCACGAUCCUUCUGUUUCAACUACCAGUUCCACUGCAAACACCAACUAACUAUCAGACUUAGGUCAAACAUUCAACCCUUUACUAUUUGUUCACCAUGCUGCUGUGAGGUUUGUCUUCUUUCCCCUCCUCAGUACCCAUCUACCUCCCUGUCCUCCUCUUUCCAGAUGGUUGCAAUGGCAUGUGUGCACCUGGCUUCGAAGAUCGAGGAGGAACCGCGGAGGGUACGAGACGUUCUCAACGUGUUCUACCACCUCAAGCACAGCAAAGGCAAAAGGUAACGGCUGGAGCUCCAAACUCCUCUUCCUGUUCUCCCAACCCUCAUACUGUUUCCUGUAUAUCUAACCAUGUGUCUCUCCCAGGACCCAGUUCCCCAUGCCUCUGGAUGCCAGCUACAUCAGUGCCAAGGCUCAGGUGAUCAAAGCAGAGAGGAGAGUGCUGAAGGAGCUGGGCUUCUGUGUGCACGUCAAGCACCCCCACAUGGCAAGCGCUCCUCACCACACCAGCUUUAAUACACUCAGUGGUGCAUUUUAA